AUGGCCGACACCCUGGCCACAGCAGAUCCGGGGCCCCGCCGAGCCCCAGCGCGAGCCCUCGCAGCCCUCAAACAAAUCUCAAUCAUGAUCCUGCGCCAGUGGCUCCUCAUCGGCAUGGGCAUCGUCUGUGCCCUCGCAUAUCUCUUCCCGGACAUAGCCAAGACAGACGGCGGGGUGAUACGCAGUGAAUACACCGUGUUGUACGGGGUCAUCGCCAUCAUCUUCCUGAUUUCCGGGCUCAGCAUCCCGCGGCAGAAACUGUUUAAACAGUUCUUGAACUGGCGACUGCAUAUUCUGGUGCAGGCCAUCUCAUUCCUGUUUAUCCCGGCUUUGGUCCUGGCGGUCGUACAUAUCAUCCUCGUAGCUGAUCCGGGGGGAUAUAUUGAUCGUGCCGUGUUGGCCGGGUAUAUCCUGACGGCGUGUAUCCCGACGACUAUUGCGUCGAAUGUGGUUAUGACGAGAGCGGCCGGUGGCGAUGAUGCUGCUGCGCUGGUGGAGGUGUUACUGGCGAAUGUCCUGGGUCCCUUUGUCACGGCCGUUUGGACGGUCACCCUGUUGCCGAAAUCGGCCGAGUUUGAUACCUGGAGGUAUGGCGGGGGCAGUUUGGGGAGUAUGUAUAAAAAUGUGUUUCAGCAGCUGGGGCUGAGCGUGCUGCUCCCUUUGUUUGUGGGGCAGUCGAUUCGCUGGACUUGGCCGGACCGGACGGCGUGGGUGAUUCAGAAGACGAAGUUGCCGAAAUUGGCGAGUGCUUGUAUGCUGCUGUUGAUCUGGACAACAUUUUCAUCCUGCUUCGCAACAGGCGCCCUCCAAACCCUCUCUGCCCAAAGCAUCAUCUUCGUCGUGCUCUUCAACAUAGCACUAUACAUCGCGCUCACAGUGAUAUCCUUCUUCAGCUCCCGACCACCAAAGUUCCUCCUCAAUCAUCGCUGGUUCCAGCCCGUACUAAAGUCCAUGCCCCCCGAGGAAACGAUCGCAGUGUGCUUCUGUUCCCCGGCGAAGAGUACUGCUCUAGGCCUGCCUUUGUUGUAUGCCAUGUGGGCGCCGGUGGACUUUUACACCAAGGCUAAGACGUCGGUGCCGGUGUUGCUUUAUACUACUGAGCAGAUUUGCGUGGCGCAGUUUUUUGUGCACUUGUUUCGGCGGUGGCAUGCUAGGAUUGUGGAGAAGGAGGGUGUGGAUGGGGAUGGGGAUGGGGAUGCUGAUCCUAGUGGUCAGUCUGAUGAGGUUGGACUUGGCAUGAUACAAAGACCGACAGAGAGUCAUGGUGGGGUGGUUUGA